AUGGAUGCUUUGAAGCAUGCUCUUCAGAUGCUCAAUGAAAUGAGAACCGCUGAGCUAUCUCCGAAGUUCUACUACAGACUAUAUAUGGACACAAUGCACGAACUACAAUGUCUAGAAGUCAGUCUGAUUCAAGAGUAUGCUCAGGAACCAGCCAAGUUGGGAAACCUUUAUGAGUGUGUGCAAUACGCGUCUGCCAUAAUUCCUAGAUUGUACCUCCUCGUUACGAUUGGUGGCGUUUUCAUCAAGUGCGGAUUGGGGUCACGUAAAGAGAUUCUGAAGGAUCUUGUUGAAAUGUGCAGAGGUGUUCAACAUCCACUCCGUGGACUUUUCCUUAGAAACUAUUUGAUGCAAUGCACUCGUUCUGUGCUUCCAGACUUACCAGAAACAGAAGAUAUGCUUCUCGCGCACAAUAACACCCUUCCUAAAGGAUCACCUGCUCUCAAGCCAAGAGAUGGAACAGUUGAAGACACUAUUGACUUUGUUUUGAUUAACUUCGCUGAAAUGAACAAGUUAUGGGUGAGAAUGCAACACCAAGGACCAUCGAAAGAGAAAGAAAAACGAGAGAAGGACCGAUUAGAGCUUCGAAUUCUAGUUGGCACUAACCUUGUACGUCUUGCACAAUUGGAAGCACUUACUGAAGAAAUGUACGUUAGAGAUGUUCUACCAAGCAUAUUAGAGCAAAUCGUAUCAUGUCGUGAUACUAUCUCCCAAGAAUAUUUGAUGGAAUGUGUAAUUCAAGUUUUCGCCGAUGAUUUUCAUUUGGCAACGUUAAACGAGUUCUUGAAUGCUUGUGGUCAACUACAACAAGAAGUUAAUAUCAAGAUUCUUCUCAUCGCCCUUGUUGAUCGCCUCGCUCUUUACACCAAUUCUUCCAUCGAAGGACAACCUGCCCCAACAAAAAUGCAGUUGUUCGAAAUCUUCAGUGAGCAAGCUACAAGCCUGAUAAAAAAUCGUCCAGAUAUGCCGAUGGACGACAUUGUAGCUCUUCAUGUUUCACUUGUAUCUCUAGCUGUCAAAUGCUAUCCAGAUCGCUUGGAUUACGCAGAUAUGACAUUCCUUGGUUUGAGACAAGUUAUUGAAGAAAAGGGGAUUACAGACAUUGAAGCCUUCGGAAAAGUUGGACGAGAACUCACGAAACUUCUGAAUAUUCCCAUUGACGAAUACAAAAAUGUGCUGCGCCUUUCGGAACUUCCCGAGUAUAUCAAAGUCAUGAGCUACUUUGACUACCGUGGACAAUGCAACAUCGCUUCCUACAUGGUUCAAAAUAUGUUAGAAGAAGAGACCAUUCUUCGCCAUCAAGAGGAUGUUGAUGCAGCCUUCUCACUUAUAUCAUCACUGCUGAGAGAUCAGGAGAAACAACCAGAUAACUCACACGAAACCGAAGAAUUUGCGGAUGAGCAGAAUUUGGUUGCAAGAUUGCUGCAUUUGAUCAGAGCGGAUGACGUGGAUUCACAAUUUUUGCUUCUCAACAGUGCACGUAAAGUCCUCGGUGAAGGUGGACGUCAUCGUCUUCGUUACACACUCCCACCUAUUAUUUUCGAACUUUAUCGUUUGGUUCUGCAGUUCGCAGAUAUGAAAGAUGAAGAUGAAAAGUGGGAUGCCAAAAUCAGAAAAAUGUUUGUUUGUGCUAUGGGAACAAUCGGAGCUCUUGUCUCUACAGCAGAAUUGGCCGAAUUGCCAAUGAAGUUGUACCUUAACGGUGCCAUCACUGCUGACCGUGUUCCAUUUGAGGAUAAUCACACAGUUGUUUACGAGUUUGUAUCAAAAGCAUUGUCAAUCUUGGAAGACGAUGUCGUCGACUCACGUGAUCGUGUAAGGUGCCUUCAGUUGACGGUUGGCACGUUAUUGAAAACGACCCACCUACCUGAAGAAAACUGGCAGCCAUUAGCGAAUCAAGCAGUUCUUGCUGCUGCAAAAAUGUUCAAAAAGCCGGAUCAAGUGAGAUCACUUGUUACAGUUGCUGCCUUGUACUGGCACGGAAAAACUUUGGAAACAAAUGGCGAGAAAUUGAGGAACGGAAAAAAGGUGGUCGAUAUUUUGAGGAAGUCCGCAAAAAUUGCAAAAGAAUGUUUGGAGCCGUUGGUUCAACAACAACUUUUCAUCCAACUGCUUUCCGCUUACACCUACUACUACGAGGAUAACUGCCCAGAGAUCAAUGUCGAUCACAUCGAAGAGUUGAUUUCACGAACCCAAGAUAACGCGGUUCAGCUGGAUGUUUCAGCCGAGGCUGAUAGUCUUGAAAAACAACUUGGAGAAGCGAUUAGACGUCUUCAGCUAGCUAAACUUGAUGUGGCAGCGUCACAAGUUUCAUCGGCCCGAGCCGAGCCAGAUCUCCCACAGCCUCCAUCGGAGAAUGAGGGGCUCUAG